CUAAAGACAGGUACUCAUUUAUAUUCAUCCAAAAGCUGUAGCAUAACAGAACAAGGCAAUUCUAGGAAUAUUUGACUGACCAAAAUGGCAGGAAAGGGCAGAGGAAUAGCAGCAUUCACCUUCAACAUAGAGGCCCUGGGUCUUACCAGAGGGUCCAUGCCUGAAACCCAGAGAGGGCCAACUCCACUCUUCCCACAAAUUGAAUAUAAACCAGGGCCUUUGAAAGCUGGAGAGGAUGAAGACUAUAUGAGAGCUUUGAAACAAGAGAUGAGAGGACGAAUGAAAGACCUCCCAUUUAACAUAAAACCCCAUGCAGGAAAGGGAGAUGUGGAGAAGUACAAGGAAAAAUACACAAGAGAAAUUAAAAGAAUUGAAGAUGACAUCUGGACACCAGAUUGGAACCGUCUUCCAAAGGAGCUGAAGCCACAAAAGAAGAUAAUUAGGAGGAAAAUAGAUACUAAGAAAAAUGCAAAGAUCUCAAGUAAGGACAAGGAGGAAUUGCUAAGUAAACUUGAUCAACUUGAGAAGAAGGGAGAUGUAAAAUCAGAUGAGGAGGAUGAAGCAAAGGGAGAGAAGAAAGAAGUUGAUGAGGAAGGGGAGGAAGAAGAAAUUGAAGGAGAAUUUGAUGAAGAGCUUGAAGAGGAAAAUGACUACAUAGCAAACUACUUUGAAGACGGUGAUGAUUACGGGGGAGGAAGUGAUGACAACAUGGAUGAAGCCACUUACUAAGAAAA